GGCCGUGUGGCCGCUCGCUGCCCGGUGCCGGCGAGAUGGCGGCGCUGGGCAAGGCGGCGUCGCCCCCUUACCCGCUCGCGGGCCUUUCCGGCGAAAGCGGCCUGGACCGGGUCAGCUUUCUGGGGGCUCGGCUGCCCCCGGAGGUGGAAGCGAUGGCCAGGAGCGUCGGGGAGCUGAGCAAGGAGACCUUCCGCAAGCUUCUCAAAGUCACUGUCAGUGCAUUAGAAGGAAGAGACUGCAAAGCAUCGGUGCAGAUGAUUGCUGAGAGCACCGACCUGUCUGAAGAACAGCUCGCGGUCCUCAUCUCGGGCAUGUAUACCCUACUCCGGGAGGCUCUGAGGCUCCCUGUGGCCUCCCUUAAGCAGGAAGUUUUCAAAGAAGAUCUAAAGGCACUUCGGAUUCCGGAAGAUUUCAUCUUGGACUUUGCUACCAUAGCCUUUGGGAACAGGCGGCCAGUUCUAGAAGCUGCACUUCAGAAGCAGACCAGCAAGCUGCCUAGAAUCACUGACUUCAGAUGGAGAGUGGACGUGGCUCUUUCUACCAGCUCCUUGGCGCGUGCCUUGCAGCCAUCCAUUUUGAUGCAACUGAAGCUUUCGGAUGGGUCAGCACAUCGCUUUGAGGUGCCGGUUGCAAAGUUCCAAGAACUAAGGUACAACGUUGCUCUGAUCCUGAAAGAAAUGAAUGACUUGGAGAAAAGAAGCAUUCUGAAGAUUCAGGACUGAAGUUUUUCUUAUUAAAAUCAUUAAGACUUGAAGCUAACCUGGGAAUUACCCAAAAGAGCAAACAAACUCCUGUUUUGCAGUGGUAUGCGUUGUAACAUAACCUUUUUGAUACAAGCUGUAAAUAUUCUCCCAGUCAAGUGCUGAAAUGUGCUGCUUUUACCUGAAUUUAUCUUUUACUUGUACAUAUAAACUGCAUUAGCAUUGCCCCUCCGGAUGAGCUAAAUUCGCAUGAUUCAUCAAAACAUCUCAAAAACAGCCAUCCCUUGCCAUGCCAAGAAGCCCUCUCCAAAUGAGCUAUGAUUCAUCCCACUAAUUAUUGCAGUGAGUUUAUGAGCGAUCUGUUCCGUUAACAUGCGGAGUAUGAAAGGGGGUGGCAAAGGAGGUCUCUGCUUUUCAGAUGACAAAAAGAAAAAAACCCCAAAACCCUUCGCUGAAAAUCA